CCUACAUAAGGCUCGGCGGGGCGGCGGCGACGACAGUCCCAGACCAGCUCGCCGACCGGCAAGCACUGCGCAGCCCCGCCACCAUGAAGGCCGUCCUGAUCCUCGCCACCCUGGCCGUCGCCGCCUACGCCAUGCCGCAGAAGGAGGGCAGCUACUUCACCAACGAGGCCAUCCGCCAGGCGCAGAACACGUACCUCAUCCCCAAGGACGCCACCAUCCAGAAGGUGCAGGAGGGCAUCGAGCUGGCCGCGUACGAGAACAUCGGCGCCAACCAGCGCAUCGACCUCACCAAGAUCCUGGGCGACCACGUCCCGGCCGAGGUCAUCUCCAACCUGCAGUCGCAGGUCGACCAGGUCGGCAACUAGGCCCGCCGAAACCCACCCCCGCAUCUCAUCUGUACAUAAGUGCCGCGCCAAAGUCUUUCCCAUUAAAUCGCCCAUCCUGUUAUUUUUUUAUUAA